GAAAACACUGAAUACACGGCACUCUAUGCACAGUCUAAUAGUGCCAUCAAUUUAUGGUAAUUUGCAAACUAUUUACUUAUUUGUGAUUAUAUUCAAUUAAAUUGCAAUCAAAUACACGUUUGAAUUGACUUUUCAGUGCGAGAGUCACGCUGUGAGCGAGUGUUCAGCCAUUUGAGUGAUACGCGAGUGAUGUCUACACGCGAGUCAACCACUGGUUUAUGGGAUUUGCAGUGAUUUCACAGAUUAUAUGAUUUAGUAAUUUAUGAAACGUUUCUAUUAUUUUAAAAUUAAACUCAAAUUUCGCAUCACUUUUGACCAAAUAUUUGGCAAACAUUGUCCACAAGACGUGCCAUCAUUGGCGACCAUUUGACAACAAAAGCUCGAAAAGUAUUAUCAAAGAAAAGCUGAAGAAGUGUCCGAAGAAAUCGAUUUGUGUGCCAAUCAGUGGGUCUCUAAUCGUGGGUCGAGUGGUGUGUCUGGAGGUGUGCGCGAGUGGUGUCUGCAGUAGUGAUGCCGAUGGGAUGGCUGGAUCGGUGUCACCACUAUGUGGUCGCAUUGAGACCCUGGUCUUUCUCGGCCUCACUCACACCGGUGCUGUUGGGCGCUGUGUUGGCCUACAAGACGUCGGGCGACUUCUCAUUGGCGACACUGAUGGCAACCCUGGUCACUGUGGUCAGUGUGCACGCGGCCGGCAAUCUGGUCAACACGUACUACGACUUCAUGCGUGGCAUUGACUCCAGACAGCGAUCAGACGAUCGCACGUUAGUUGACUCCAUACUGACGCCCGAAGAGGUCGGCAACUUAGGUGUCAUAUUCUACAUAAUCGGAUGCAUUGGGUUCGUUGUGGUAGUGUUCGUGAGUCCGGCGCGUAUGGAACUGCUGGCUCUGGUAUACUUCGGGGGUAUCUCUUCAUCGUUUCUCUACACCGGAGGAAUUGGUCUCAAAUACAUAGCAUUAGGAGAUGUCAUUAUUAUCGUAACCUUCGGACCGGUAGCUGUUCUCUACUCCUUCAUCGCACAAACGGGAACCAUAGAUCUAAUCACUUUGAUAUACGCCAUACCUCUGGCCCUCAACACGGAAGCGAUUCUCCACUCAAACAAUACCCGUGACAUAGAGUCCGACCGGAGGGCCGGUUGCGUGACUCUGGCGGUGCUGAUCGGGAAGUCGGCGUCACACGUGUUGUUCGCGUUACUCCUAUUCAUACCGUAUAUACUGUUUUGUGUCAUAAGUAUCCGUUACUCUCUAUGGCUGUUACUGCCAUUGAUUACAAUCCUGAGGGCAUUCGAGUUGGAGAAGCAGUUCCGGAGCGGAAAUCUGCGACAAUUGCCGCGACUUAUGGCCAAACUUAACCUCUAUUUCGGUAUUUUCUAUUUGAUUGCCUGCUGUCUCUCCAGUCCUAAACAGUUGCCGGGAAUUAAUAGUGUCAUCGAUUGACACAUUCAUCGAAAGUUAUAAUUAAUUAUUUAUAACAUUAUUAAGACAUUUAAAUUAUUUCCACAUUUAUUCUCUCCUCUCUAACUACGAAAUGAAG